UCUGAGCCACUUAUCUUGAGACUACACUUCAUCGUCAAGCUCUGUCAUGACUUCUACGAUUCCUUUGUAGCGUACGUACAAGAAAAAGAGAGAAGGAAAGAUAUCCAAACUCAGUACUAGAAUACAAUGGCUAUGGUCUCAACUUCUCCGAAAGAAUUGCUGUUUCAGUUUAGAAAAAACCCUAUAGCCUCUGUUUCCGUUAGACGUGUACUAUUCACCUUGUCCUCAUCUUCUGAUGAAUCUCGCAAACCUUCUCUUCGCGUUUCCGCCGAUUCUACUCCAAAAGCUCGAUUCGUUGCUCGCCGAACAGAGUCCGUCUCCGUUCAACAACUCAGCCGUCCUCUCGUGGAUUAUAUGAGCUUGCCGGCGAGUCAAUACUCCGUGUUGGAUGCUGAGAGGAUUGAGAGGAUUAAUGAUAACACAUUCAGGUGUUAUGUUUACAGAUUCAAGUUCUUCACUUUUGAGGUGUGUCCUGUUUUGUUGGUGAAAGUUGAAGAGCAAGAAAAUGGUUGUGUUAUUAAGCUCUUGUCCUGCAAGCUUGAGGGAUCACCAAUUGUCGCUGCACAGAACGAGAAGUUUGGUGCUUCAAUGGUGAAUAGGAUAUCAUGCAAUAAUAGAGUGGGUGAUUCUUUGAUGGGAGAACUUGUUUCUGAUGCUGUAAUAGAGGUGAGCAUUGAUAUCCCUUUUGCUUUCCGAGCACUUCCAGUCCAAGCAAUUGAGUCAGCAGGAACCCAGGUCCUAGACCAAAUACUGAGGAUUAUGCUUCCUCGCUUCAUGGCACAGCUGGUGAAAGACUAUAAAGUGUGGGCUUCUGGUGAUACCUCACGACAGCCAAUUGGAACUGGCCAGAUCUAGAUAAUAUGGCUGAGUUCAAUUUCAGAGCAAUGGACCUACCCUUAUUUGAAGUGUUCAUUUUGUACAUAAGAAAUCUAGGUAUGAACAAGAACUAUUUUACUUUUCCCAUUUAGCAACUCUACUCUAGGUUGUGUGUAAAUCCAAAAUGGUGAAGUUAUAGACACGAUUCCAUACUUGUGUCUUGAUUAUCUGUUUUACUUGAGUUAAUUUCCUUUCAAUAUUG